AUGGCCUUUGAUCAUCGACAAAAAUCUCUGCCUACUUCGAACCAUGCGAAUACUGCUCAUUUUUAUUCGAACCACAAAACUUUGAACAAUGCACCGAACGCUCCCAGGCAUCUUCAACACGCCGCACAUAAUCAAAAUUUUCAGGCACCACCUCUAUAUUAUCAUUACACAGACAGUAGUAGCUACGGCCCACGAUUUGGACUCAUACGAGGGUACCACAAAUAUUUGUACGACCCGAGACCUCAGCAGGAGCCUUGUUGCGAAUGUGCCCCUUCACGCGCAAGGAAAACACAAUCGCCAGACGGCUGCAACUGGGGUGUUGCGUUUGGCUGUAUUUUACUAAUCAUUGGAGUCCUAGCAAUUCUUAUGGGAUUUUUGGUUCCGCAGAAACCCUCCAUAGCUAGAAACACACAUUUAACAUCGGAAGAAAGACAUGAAUUGAGCCAAAUUAAUCUCUUCAUAGACGUUUUUGUGAUAACAGGACUUGCAGUCCUCUCGAUGGGGGGUUUGCUCAUUUCUGUUGCCUUGCUGCUGCCUUUACUGAGACGAAGGACCGAACCUUUCCACGACGAGCCGAUUAAAUACUUCGGCAGCGAGGUUUAUGUGAAGUCCGAACAAUUGCCGAUGUCAAAGUCGGGGAUGCCGACAAUAAACUUAGGAUUUCACAAGGAUAUUGUGCCUGGAAACGUCGCUCUGCGUAAAAUUCAACCAGAAAGUGUGAAAAGCGAACCUGUCGACUUAAUUACCCAGACAAAUUCCCCAUAA